AUGCUGCUCCCCAGCAUACGAGGCCUCGCCCUCUUCACUCUCAUCGCCUCCUACUCCUUCACCGCCUCGGCCGGCACCGUCGCCGUUCCCUUUCGCCGCAGAGCCGCCCCCGGUCCGUCAUCGUCGUCCAUUGCUCGCCGCGACGGCACCAUCGACCUCAAUGCCCUCAACAACAUCACCGCCGGCGGCUACUACGCCGAGCUCGGCAUCGGGACGCCCCCCCAGAGGCUCUCGUUCCUCCUCGACACGGGCAGCAGCGACACGUGGGUCAACUCGGUCGACGCCGACCUCUGCAGAAGCCCGCAGUUGCAGCAAAGACUCGAAAGGUGGUGCGGUCCGCAGUGCAAGUCGCCCUCUCUCAACCCCGAGGCCAGCUCUACCUUCACCUCGGUCAACAGGGGCGGCUUUGACAUUACCUACCUCGAUCAAAAGAACAUUGGGGGCGACUAUUUCAACGACUCCGUCACCGUAAACGGCAAGAUCGUCAACAACCAGAAGCUGGGCCUCGCUCUCAGCUCCUCGUACCCUACCGUGAUCGACAACAUGGUCCAAAAGGGCAUCAUCGAUGCCCCCGUCUUCAGCUUAUUCUUGGACGACCUCGACGCCAAGUCCGGAACCAUCCUCUUUGGCGGCAUCGACUCCCAGAAAUAUCACGGCAAGCUCGCCACUUUGCCUCUCAUCUCCGAUAUCCAGACCGGCUCCAGAAACGGCACCUCGUACACGGUCCGCCUCCGCGGCUUCGAGGUGGAUGGCAUCGACCUCGACAAUCUCGACGCCGCCGCUAUCCUCGACUCGGGCUCCACCAUCUCCCUCCUGCCCGACUACCAGGUCCAGGACAUCUACCGCCACUUCGGCGUCCGCUCCGUUCAGGGCAUCCCCAUCCCCCUCGUCGACUGCGCCUACCGCAGCGCCAAGGGAAAGGGCAUCGCCUUCAACUUCAAGUUUGACGGCGCCAACAUCCGGGUCCCCGUCGCCGAAAUGAUCCGCCACCUCUUUGGCGAUUGGGAGAGGGUGUGCAUCUUUGGCGUCGGUUCCGCCUACGACUACGGCAUCAGCUCCGACAGGUUCGCCCUGCUCGGCGACACCUUUCUGCGCUCCGCCUACGUCGUCUACGACAUGGCCAACCGCCAGCUCGGAAUUGCCCAGGCCAACACAAAGGCCGACAAGUCCAACAUUGUCGAGAUCCGCAAGGGCGACACCCAGCUGCCCGACAUCGCCGGUGUACCAGGCACCGGCCAAGACAGCGCAGCAGGCAGUCUCGGUUCCUCGCGCAUCGGUGCUGUCGCCGCCGUCCUCAUCAUGGUGGCUGCUGCCUUCACUACGACCAUGCUAUAA